CUAGCCUUUCUCUCUCUUCCGCAACUUGCAGCUGUUCUCGAUAGGGUCGGAGGUUGUACGGCACAAAGAUUCACCACAAAGACUCACCACAAAGACGACAUUGCGUACGAUUUGUACAUAAACCGAGGUGCAAGAAUAGCGACUAUAUAUUUGUUUAGCCUGUAUUUGGCUUAAAGUUUGCAUCAUGUCGGCGAUCCAGCGAAUGAAAGUGGCCAACGAAAAACACAGCAAGACUAUCACACAGCGCGGACACGUUCAGAAAACAACGCGGGUGGUGAAUGAGGAUAAGUCACCAGUGGGGCCAUGGCUUCUGGCACUCUUUGUCUUUGUAGUGUGUGGAUCAGCCAUCUUCCAGAUUAUCCAGAGCAUCAGGCAGGGUUUGUGAUGAGCAUGUGUAACAAGUCACCACCAGCCAUGAAGAACCAGCUGACCCUGUGGCGUGAUAACCCCAUGAACUAUCCACACGCACCCCCCCUUCCCCCCUCCCUGCUUGGUUAAAUAUUCUAUCCUUUACUUAUCUUUACUCUGAAGUUUACUAUGAGUAAUCUUAGGUUUUGCAAACUGUGAAAAGACAGAUUUUCUCAGCAAUAUGGUAUUACUGUAGUUGAUAGGAUUAGAUCAUGACUCCCCCUAACUCUGAAAGGUAGAGUUGUUCCUAAUUUGGAUGGGCUGACAGUUUAUUUAUAGUAUAACCUUUUAAAUAUUACUGAUGGAAGAAACCUGAAUCCGGAGGUCUUUGUACAAAAAAAAAACCCUGCUGAGGUUUUUUUAUUGGGUUGCUUUGAAUGUCAUGUUUUUAUGAAAUAUUCUGGGCAUUGGGACAUUUGCUUCCAUUUUCCAGAUUUGGGUUGAAAGACAUGCGACCUUCAUGCUUAUUUACAGAAUUUAUAGUAUCAAAUUUAAGACGUGGGAAAGAAAAUAAUUUGAUGACUAGAUUGAUAGACAUUGGUUUGCUCUGUGCAUGAGGGCUCAGUUAUUACAAAACCUGUGGAGACGUCAAAGUGUAGGAAUUGGGUUGAGAGCCUUAUUCCAGGUUUACAGAAAUGCAUAUUUUCUAGUUGAUUUAUUAAUAUCUGUACUGUAUUUAAGUGCUGUCUGCGUUGCCAUUUUAUACCAAGCAUUAAUUUGUGUAUGUUAGCUCUGAGCUUUACAAAUUAAAUUCAGGACCACAAUCCAACACACACUCACACACAUAUUCUUGUGUUCAUUAUUUUAUAUUCACAUAUUCAUUAUUUCAUUAAAUUCAGUUUUUGCUUCCAUUUUGGGUAUCUUCUGGACAUCACUUACAUUCUCCUAGUAGUUUGUUUACCAAGGAAAUAUUAUUGCUCAUAAUCUUUUAAAUGUACUUUGCUUGUCUUUAGAAACAAUUUAUUGAUACAUAAAAGUUUUAGAUAUGAAAAAUGUUAAAUGACAGUCUUUUUAUUUGGUUAUAAAUCUAUGGGUAUGUUUUAGUUAAGUUGCACUUAUCAUGCACUGGAUUAUUGCUACCCAUAUUGAACUUGUAUUUAUCUUAUUUUAAAUAUGAAAACACCUUUGUGAGUGUCAAAUUGUUUUAUGACUGUUGUAAAAUGCAAUUUCAAGGUUCAUCACUAAAAAGGGCAAUAAAAUUUACCAAGGUUGAAUGUGUUUAGCAAAAUACACUGAAAUAAAAACAAGAUAGAUUCAAUCAGUAAACAGACAUACCUGUAAUCUUGAUUAACACAGGUCAGAGGAGAAUGGGCUACAGAUGCCCAGGUCUCAUCACCUUUCAUUUGCUCCAUACACUGCUGAAUAUUCUCACUCAAAUACUGUGCUGAACACCCCCUAUUGUGUUUGUGAGGUACGCAGAAACCAAUUGGGCUUCCCUUCAAUUUAUAAUGGCAGAUUUUAACUGAAGCAGCUUGUAAUUACCAGGAUGACAAGAAAAUGCUUUUGCGUGUCAGCAUCAAUAGCCAUAGUGCGACCAUAAUACUGCCUCUCACUGGACAGAUGCUAUGCAAGGGUUUUAUACAAAUAAAUAUUUUCUCAAAAACA